AAAUUGAAUAACAUCAAAUCUAUGAUAGAUAUAUAUUUUUUUUUAUCAAUACGUGUUUUUGUGAUAAUUGAUUAUUUAUAUACAUAUAUAACCUCACUCACUCCGCUCCCUUAUCUCACACUCCAGCUUUAUUCUCCUCCUUUCCUUUCAAUAUUUCGUUUCCUCUCUCUCUCUCUCUCUCUCUCUCCAAAGUCCAAAACCAUGCACAUGGAAAUAGCAAACGUAGUGCUAUUCCUGCUGAUCUCCAUCCUCUCCCUCCCCUGCUUCCUGCUGCUCAUCAUCCUCACCGAAGCGCUCCUCCGCGCGGCCACCCCUCUCCUGCAGCGCCAGGCGCUCAGCCACUUCGCGUGGCCGCCGAAUUCUGCCUUCCGCCGAACCGCUCCCCCCGCCACCUUCCGGACAAAAUCGCCGCCGUCUCCGCCCUCCAACGCCGCACUCAGAGUCGCAACAUACAAGCGCGCAGACGUCUCGUUCUCAUCAUUGGCAUCGGCAUCGGCAUCGGCAUCGGCAGCAGCAGCAGCAGAGCACGCCGACGACGCGUGCUGCUGCGUGUUCUGCUUGUGCGACGUCGAGGAAGGGGAUGAGAUACGGGAGAUACCGUGCAGGCACGUCUUCCACCGGCGGUGCCUGGACACGUGGCUCCAGCACAGGCACGCCACGUGUCCUCUGUGCAGGAACAGGCUCCGCGAAGUCGGCGACGAGGACGAGGACGAGCUCGAGGAGUCGGCGACGAUUUUGGUCGCCUACGUUCAUAGCAGUGGGUGGUGGGCGCGGUAAAAUAAAUAAAUAAACAGUUUAUUAAUUAACUUCUCUUUUUUAAAAAAAUAUUUUUUUUUUCCGUGAAAUUUUGUAAUAUAAUAAUAAUAAGAUUAAUGGAGUGGUUAAUUACUAUUUAUUUCCCUUUUU